AUAUGUUGCUUGGUACUGCCGGAAGUUACUUAUGUAUACUAGCGCAUGCGGCCUUGAGCUUACCAACCCAGAGCCAUUUUACCAGGGAGUGAUUGUUUGCUUAUAUAAAUUGAAAGUAUUCUGAUAUUCAUGUCAGAGCCACAGUCAGCUCUUUUACUACGGAAACAACUGGCAGAAUUGAACAAGAACCCUGUGGAAGGGUUUUCCGCGGGACUUAUCGAUGACAAUGAUAUUUAUAGAUGGGAAGUUCUUAUUAUUGGCCCACCGGACACAUUAUAUGAGGGUGGGUUUUUCAAAGCACAAUUGCACUUCCCAAAAGAAUAUCCACUUCGGCCACCUCGGAUGAAAUUUAUUACAGAAAUUUGGCAUCCUAACAUUGAAAAGAAUGGUGAUGUGUGUAUAUCAAUCCUGCACGAGCCAGGAGAUGAUAAAUGGGGCUAUGAGAAGGCAUCGGAGCGAUGGUUACCUGUUCAUACAGUGGAAACUAUCCUUAUCUCGGUCAUCUCAAUGUUAGCUGACCCAAAUGAUGAGAGCCCAGCCAAUGUAGAUGCUGCUGCAAGUGAAGAGGAAGGCAAGAGGUUGCAAUUCCUUAUCAAAAUGCAGUUCAAAAGGAUACCAAAACUAGUGCUACUUCUUAUUUUGGGCUUUGCCAAUUUUGCACUUGGAUCUAUGGCCUAUGCUAAUUUUCAAGCAAGUGUACAGUAUAGGAUUUCUGCUAGGCAGGUUGAAAUUGUGCUGUCUAAAGUCGCCCUUGGUUAUGUGGAACAAAUAAAAUUAUUAAUACUCUCGUCAAAUAUGGCCCAAUCUCAAGGGGGGGAUGAAAGAGGGGUUCACUUAAUACGCUCAUUUCCAAUUUUGAGCCAACAAAGACCAAAUCAUCAUGGUUUACUUAUGACACACUCUGUAUCAUCUGUGGUUUCUAGUAAUGCAGUUCCUAAUGUUUCUUCGAGCACUGAUGAUGUAGGUGUCACGAGACAUGCUGCAGAUGAUGGCUCUCGAAUGCUUCAUGAUAAUAUUUACACAAUGAUAGAAGGGUUGAGACCUCUUGUUGAACGUGCCAGGACGGCUGAAAACAGAGGUUUAUCAUUGUCAUCUUGGCUUCGCCAACCAGCAUCUGGAGAGCAUCAGAGUUCUGCUGCAGAGUCAUCAACAACUCCUGAUAGCAUUGUAAUUACCUUAGAAAACGAUGUACCUAACCACAGUUCUUCACAGCAUGAGAGCCACACAAAUACUACUCAUGCAAAUCAUAAUCAUCUUGGGAGUGGCAAUACUUUCACUGACAACUUUUUAAAUAAUAUUCGAGAAGCAGCUGCAUCGUCAUCAUCUGCAUCAUCUUCAGAUCAAGGAAAUGUGAACAACAAUAAUAACAAUAAUAACAACAACAAUAACAAUAAUCAGGAAGAAGGAGCUGCAGAAAUUUUGAGGCAGAGUCCUGAAACUAGAGCACUUUUGAGCUUCCUGUACAAGUAUGUCCCGUUUUUGCUUAUACUCCUUGGAAAGGGAAUCUAUGAUCAUCGAGCUGGAAUACUCAUCUUCAUUGCAUUGUUUGUGACCUUCAGUCAUGCAAAUUCUGUUGUGAAGCGGGAAAUUGCAAAGCAAGCUCGGCGAAGCUUAGCUUCUUUAUUUAUUAUUGUAUGCAAUCUAUUUGGUUGCAUUUUAUUUAUAUAUUAUAUUUUCCAAGAUCAGAAGUUAUACCUCAGUUUGGUGUUCAUUCCACCAUAUACCCAACCAUUAAGUGUGUGGGAUUUACUAUGGAUUGUAGGUGUGACAGAUUUUGUAUUAAAAUUAAUUACAAUAAUCUUAAAAGUAGCUGUUGCUGCAUUUCCAGCCAUUUUGCUGCCCUACCAAAAAAGAGGAAAAUGCUACCUCUUUUUGGAAGCAACAUCACAGUUUUAUCGCUGUCUCACACCAAUCCAACCAUGGCUGUAUUAUCUCUUAGAAUCGUACCAGGGACCUGAAAAAGUCGUUGGAGUGUUUUUGUCAGCUGCUUAUAUGGUAUUCAAAGGUUCAGAUUUGCUAGCAAAGGGCAAGUUAUGGAAGGAAUCUCUGUGGAAACUUCUUCAAAAUAUGAACCUUGGAGUUAGUCCCAACAAGGAUCAGCUACAUUUAGCAGGGAACCAAUGCCCAAUUUGUCAUGAUGAGUAUGAAGCUCCUGUGCUGCUCCACUGCCGUCACAUAUUCUGUGAAGCUUGUGUAGCUACUUGGUUUGACAGAGUUCAGACAUGUCCUUUGUGCAGAGCAAAAGUAGUUGAUGAUCCAUCUUGGCGUGAUGGUACCACUACGUAUUUUACACAGUUUUAUUAAGUUCUGUAAUAAAAGUAACUUUCAGUGUUGUGAAAUGUCUUGAAUAUCUCACUAUGUAGGAGAUUUUGUACAUAAAAUAUUGUGUGAGUUUAAGAGUUGACUUGAGUAUUACACAUUCCAACUUCAUUGCACUUUCUCUUUCAUUUUGUCUAUAUUUUCAGCUGUACAUAUGCAUGUUUCUCUGUAAAAUCUUAUUUGUCGUUUGUUAUAUAUUCAUGUAGAGUUAAAAGUGUGAUACACAUGUUCAUUCUUUUCAACUGUACAUAGAACUUUAAAUCAUAACGUGUACAUACAUAAAGUUUUUUUUUUUCAUUUUCAAAUUUAUAGUUAACACCAUGUGCCUAUUGUUUUGACAUUGUGUUUUGCUUUAAAAUUAAUUUUGGUAUUUUCUACUCAAAGACAAAACAUUAAGUUGAAGCUUGGUAAAGGAAACAAUGGAAAACAUAAAGUGUUUUGUAAUGUUUUUAGUAGUCAUUCCUCCCUCUCCCCAAGUUCGUAAAUGCAUAGAAAAUAUGAUUUUUUUAAAUAUUAAUAUUUUGUUUAAAAACUCUUUAAUCAUUUGUAAUUAAAUUUCAUGUUAUUUCCAAAGACCCUCUGAAAGUUAAACAUUAGCUAAUUUUGUUUGUAUUUUUCCUUUUCUUUGCGAAUAUUUUGGGCAGAAAUUUCAUGAUAUUGGGGCAUCCAGUUUAGACCCUGUUAAUUGCUGCAGUCAAUACGUGGCCAAUGUUUUGAAACAAUCCCAGGACAUGUUUGAACAUAGUAAAUUAAUAUAGCUAAUUUAUGGGAACAUUUUUCCUAACUGCUUUCAAUUAAUUUUUCUUACUAAAUUGUUAAAUAGCAUUGCUUUGUUCUGCCACAGUGUUUAUUAAGCUCUUAAUUAUAUUUUUUGUUGGUGCUUAUCUGCUGUAACAAUUCCCUCCCCAUCUUUAUGCUAAUCUAAUGUUUCUUGGAAAACAUUACAGUUGUUGAUUAUUUAUUUUCUUGUCAAUGAAAAGUGAAUAUGUUUGAGAUAAUUUUAGAGACAUGUUACACCUUCCUUUGGUGUUUGUAAAUAAAUGCAUAAAUCAGUGAUUUAA